CAGUCCUAACUGCGUUCUUCUUUCAUAUACAGAUUUUAUUUGUGGCCAAAGAAGAAGAAGAAGAAGAUGAUGUUAAGGGCGUCAUCAUCUUCUUCAUCUUACAAUGCAGAUCACUUCCUCACCCCAAAUCACCGAUUCCAUCUUCUGGGUUCACUCAAUGCCGUCCCAGUUCGCCGUCAAAACCACAUUCUUUCAUCCAAUUCUCUUUCCUCAUUUCACAGAUCUCCUAUCCAAGCCAUAGCUACUGGAGAAUCAAAGGUCACUGAAGCUGUAAUCGAGCGUAGUUUAGCUGACCGACUCCGUCUUGGUAGCUUAGUAGAGGAUAGAUUGUCUUAUAAAGAGAACUUCAUCGUGAGAUGUUAUGAAGUUGGAAUUAACAAAACAGCUACUGUUGAAACUAUUGCUAAUCUUCUACAGGAAGUUGGAUGUAAUCAUGCUCAGAGUGUUGGGUUUUCAACCGAUGGAUUUGCUACGACUCUUUCUAUGAGAAAAUUACAUCUUAUAUGGGUUACUGCUCGCAUGCAUAUUGAAAUUUACAAAUACCCUGCUUGGAGUGAUGUGAUUGAAAUAGAAACAUGGUGUCAGGGUGAAGGAAGGAUUGGUACUCGUCGGGAUUGGAUUUUGAAGGAUUAUGCUACUGGUGAGGUUAUUGGAAGGGCUACAAGUAAGUGGUUGAUGAUGAAUGAAGACACUAGACGUCUCCAAAAGGUCACAGAUGAUGUCCGUGAUGAAUUAAAUAUUUAUUGUCCAAAGGAAACUAGAUUAUCGUUUCCUGAGCCGAACAAUAAAAGCCUCAAGAAGAUAUCAAAAUUGGAGGACCCUGCUCAAUAUACUAAGCUAGGACUGGUGCCAAGAAGAGCUGAUCUUGAUAUGAACCAACAUGUCAACAAUGUCGCCUACAUUGGAUGGGUUCUUGAGAGCAUUCCUCAAGACAUAAUCGACACUCAUGAGCUACAAACAAUCACGUUAGACUACAGAAGAGAAUGUCAACAGGAUGACGUGGUUGAUUCUCUGACGAGUAUCGAAACAGAUGAAGAUUUAAAGUUGGAUGGAAAUAACGGAACUACUACUACUACUAGUAUUGAAAAAGGAGAGAAAGAUGGCGAUUACUGUCAGUUCUUGCAUUUACUGAGACUUCAGAAAGAUGGUAUGGAAAUAAACAGGUGCAGAACAGAAUGGAGAAGGAAGAAACCAGUAAGAUCUCGAUAAGCUAAUUAAAGCUUUUUAAUGUCUGUUUAUGUCUACUCUUUUAUGUUGGUUCCCCACCUAAAUGCUAUUUUCUGUUUGAAUUUAGUAAUGUUAUUCUCUUGUUUUCUCAGUUUUGAUUCACCUCCUCCUGCAGACACUUGAAAACAAUAAUAUAUAUGUAAUGUACACUAGUACUAGCCAUAUUUCUUGUUUCCAGUGAGACUUUUAUGAAUUUAGUAUAAUAAUUUGCUCUUUCCUUUA